GCAUCAUAGAUAAUAGCAUUACAAGUGUCCAGUCCCGUGCUUUCACGCGCGCAGCGACUGAGCCUUUCGUCAUCGUCACUAGCGCAGAUCACGAAGGGCAGCAUAGUUUAGAAGUCAGAAUGCAAGCAGCUCGCUUCCAGAAUAGGGCAUCGCCUGCCUGUGUGCGUGCGCGAGUCGCUGCGCGGAGAACGUGCGUCUUCCGUGCCUCACAGCAGUCAGAUGCUAACGGAGCCCCUGCCACUUCCAUUGAGGAUCAGCUGCCCAUCGGCUGCGCCCGCUACUCGGUGUCUCUGAAGAAGCCACUGGGAAUGGUGCUGGAGCAGGACGUCAAGUCGGGCAACAUAUUUGUGGUCGAGGUGAAGGCGGGCGGCAGCGCGGCGCUAGACGGACGGAUCAAGAUGGGUGACCAGCUCAUUGCCACCAGUGGCGUCAUUUACACCUCGGAGUCGGACUACGGCGGCGCAACGGUCAAGGGCGGGCAGAAGCUGGUGCGGCUGAGGGUGCAGGGCGAGACGUUCAAGACGGUAUCUGCCGCCAUCGGCUCGCACCCGGGCCACAUCCCCGUCACGCUGGAGUUCCAGCGCUGCGACGGCACCAACCUGCUGCCGGGGGAAGACCAGUGAGGCAGUGAGCCAAUGAGGCAAUGAGGCAGUGAGGCGGCCGCGCCGUACGGCGGAGGUGGUGGUGGAGGCGGAGAAGGAGGAGGAAGAGGAGGAGGAGGAGGAGGAGGAGGAGGAGGAGGCAGAGGAGGUGGCGGCAGCAGGCCGCCGGUGUGUUCGGGCGGGCGACCGGUAAACUCAACUCAUGCGGUUACGCGUGUAACCAAGCUGGGGCACAUGAGCCACAGCUGCAUGCAACAUCUGUGCACGCGAAGAUAUUGUGACGGUUUCAACACUCAUGGCGCUGGUAGUUGCUUGUUGCCGUGAUCAGGGACCUGAGAGCGGUCAGUAUCGGAUCUCGGCUUAAAAACUGUGACGUGCGUAAUUGCGUGUUGUAGUGCGACUUGAGCGUUGUGAAACGGCGCCUUGAUGUGUUUUCUUGUGUCAUUACGUGGCGUCCGGGACACAUGGACCGCGAUUUGCUGUCAUGCUGAGGUGGCACGUGAAUGACGGUGUGGCCAGAGCCAAGGAGCACCUCCAUGGGGGGGGGUGCGGAGACUGUGAGAACGUGCGGCAGCAGUCUCGGCAACUGAGUUUCAACGCCACCCUGCGAGACCGGUCCACUUGCAAACCUCAUACGAGUAUCAGCGGAGCCAAUCGCAGCCAGUUACCGCCUGUCAAUCACAAGCCGGAGCCAUUUGUCAGAACACGCUUGUU